AUGGAGCACAUGAUGUCGGACCUCAGGCGGUGGAGGCGCACGCGCAACAAACCCUACGCGCUCUUGGAGAUCAAGUACAUAAUGGAGGAGAUACUCAAGGGUGUUGCCUUCCUCCACCACAAUGGCAUCAUGCAUAGGGAUCUCAAGCCCUCCAACAUCUUAUUGGGCCACAAUUCCGAUGUCAAGAUCUGCGACUUUGGGCUCUCGGCCCGCUUUCCUGGGCGCAAAUACAGUUCCCGCGUGGGGACACUGUGGUACAUGGCCCCUGAGAUCCUCCGCGGGGAGCGCCACUACACGUGUGCGGUCGACAUGUGGUCUGUGGGGGCCACCAUGGCGGAGCUCCUGCUCGACCGGGUGCUUUUCCGAGGGGAGUCCGAGUGCCACCAGCUUCAGUGCAUCAAAUGGACCAUAAACCCGCUCUUCAGUUUUCUCAAGAAGGAAUUGGCGGCGGCGGCAGAGGCGUCUCCGAACCUGGCCGUGGCGGCGCUGACUGAAGUCGGAUUUGACUUGCUCCAGAGGCUCUUGGCGUAUGAAAAAGAGGAUAGGAUAACUGCCAAAGACGCACUCAAUCAUGCUUGGUUUGCAGAAUGA